AUGACAGAGCAAGAGCCUUCCACCAAUUCGUCAAUGACAGAUAAAUCGGCCCUUCGCGCCCUCUACGAGUACUAUAUCGAUUUCUGCAAUGCACACGACUUCCAGGCUAUGGAAAAGUUCUACACUGCUCCGGCCAUUCGAAUCAACGAUGAGCCUUGGACUCCCUCGAGGGUGACCGAUCAGUUCCGUCCUCUCGUCGAAGGCUUCCCCGACUGGCACUGGGAGAUCCGCCACUUUGUUAUCGACGACAACUUCCUUUCGCUGCACUUCAGAGUGACCGGAACCCAUCUCGGAGUCUUUCAGGGAAUUCCGCCAACGGGCAAAAAGGUGGAGACGACGCAAUUCACACUGUACCGCGUCGUGGGUGGGGUCAAAUUCGACGCGGUCUGGGACAUGACUGACUUCGACUCUGUCAUUAAGCAGAUUUCUUGA